UAAACAUUACAAUGAUGAAUUGGAUCCGCAAAUUUGGCUAAUCAAGUAAGUACUCCACCCAAAAUCCACGCUUCCCUUCACUUUUCCCUUUUCCUUCAUUCUUAUGCAUUCACUUUUUCUUCUUCCAUUUUUCCACUCUCCAACUCCAAACCCAUUCACCACACUAAAAUCUCCUUCAAACUUCAAUCCUUUUGCUUUGGAUGACGUUGGGAACGAGACUACCGACAUGGAAAGAGAGAGAGAACAACAAGAAGAGAGAGAGAAGAAGAAGAGCCAUUGCUGCUAAGAUCUUCUCUGGUUUGAGAAUGUAUGGUAAUUUCAGGUUACCUAAACACUGUGAUAAUAAUGAAGUUCUUAAAGCUCUUUGUAAUGAAGCUGGUUGGACCGUUGAACCCGAUGGAACCACUUAUCGUAAGGGAUGCAAGCCUUUAGAGCACAUGGAUAUAGUUGGUGGAUCAUCAGCUGCAAGCCCCUGUUCAUCUUACCAUCAAAGUCCUUGUGCUUCCUACAAUCCAAGCCCUGUUUCAUCUUCCUUUCCAAGUCCAUCUUCAUCCCCUUACACUACAAAUCACAAUGUCGAUGGUAAUUCCCUCAUUCCAUGGCUCAAAAACCUCUCCACGGCUUCAUCUCCGAAACUUCCUCAUCCUUACCUUCAUAGCGGCUCCAUCAGUGCUCCUGUCACGCCUCCCCUAAGCUCUCCGACCGCUAGAACACCGCGGAUGAAUUCUGAUUGGGAUGACCGAUCUGCACGGCCAGGGUGGACCGGACAGCAUUAUUCUUUCCUGCCUUCGUCCGGUCCCCCAAGUCCUGGCCGUCAGAUAGUCGAUCCUGAAUGGUUUGCUGGGAUCAAACUUCCUCAUACUAGUCCAACUUCCCCAACAUUCAACCUUGUCUCUCCAAAUCCAUUUGCAUUCAAAGAAGAUGGAUUUUCAGGAAGCGGUUCGCGCAUGUGGACGCCUGGACCGAGUGGAACAUGUUCUCCAGCUAUUGCAGCCGGCUCUGAUCACAAUGCUGACAUUCCGAUGUCUGAAGCCGCUAUCUCGGAUGAAUUUGCAUUUGGAAGCAACACGUUUGGGAUUGUUAAGCCUUGGGAAGGAGAAAGAAUCCAUGAAGAAUUUGUAGCAGAUGAUCUUGAACUCACACUUGGUAACUCAAAGACAAGGUGAAGUAUUCAUAAUUAGGAAUGUCAGUAACUACAUGAACAUUAAUUUGUGUUGGUUUUGGUGGUGAGUGGAAGAAACUGUUAUCUUUUUUUUUUUUUUUGAUUUUUUUUUUCUUUUGUAAUUUUUCCUUUACAUUUGGUUAGUGGUCCAGUAAUAUACAUGUUUAGUUGCAAUCAAUUAAUUUCAUCAAUGUAAGUCUUGUUAUUGGACUCAUUAAUAUACUUUGUGGAUUGGCUUGGUUUGCCACUGAAAGAAUCUAAUGACUUUUAGAGCAUAUUGCAUA